AUGGGCUCGCACUACGACGGUGACAACGGUGGUCGCCGGCGGGAGACGAGGUGGUGCGCGGUGACCGGCGGCCGGGGGUUCAUGGCGAGGCACCUGGUGGCCGCCUUGCUUCGCUCCGGCGAGUGGCGCGUCCGGGUCACUGACCUCGCCCCUACUCUCGUCCUCGGCCCCGGAGAGACGGAGGAGAUUCUCAGCGAUGCUCUCCGUGAUGGCUGUGCCGUCUAUGCCUCGGUUGAUGUCUGCAACCUAGAGCAGCUUACCAAAGCCUUCGAAGGGGUAGAUGUUGUUUUCCACACAGCCGCUGCGGAUUUUAGCAAGAACAACUUGCAACUUCACUACAAGGUCAACGUGAUCGGAACGAAGAAUGUAAUUGAUGCUUGCAAGAUAUGCAAGGUGAAAAGGCUUAUACACACCAGUUCUAGUGCUGUUGUGUUUGACGGCGUUCAUGGACUUUUUGAUGUAAAUGAGUCAUUGCCGUACCCAGAUAAGUUUCCUGAUGCAUAUGCACAAACAAAGGCAGAAGCAGAAAAGUUAGUUAUCAAGGCCAAUGGCACUAAUGACCUUCUAACGUGUUGCUUACGUCCUGGUGCCAUAUUUGGCCCAGGUGACAUGGUGAUACCAACUUUGGAUCGUUAUGGAUGGACACAUGUUACUAUUGGUGAUGGGAAGAAUUGUGAUGAUUUUGUGUAUGUUGAAAAUGUUGUACAUGGUCAUCUUUGUGCUGAUAAGACUCUUUCUACUAUUGAGGGUGCAAGAACCAGUGGAGGAAAAGCAUACUUUAUAACUAAUAUGGAGCCAAUGAAUAUGUGGGACUUCACAUAUCUUGUUCAAGAAGAACUUGGACACAAAAGAAUAUCCAAUAUAAGGAUACCUACAUUUGUUAUCAAGCCAGCAAGCUAUUUGAUAGAGUGGGCAUAUAGGGUCGUUUUCUCUCAUUUUGGAAUUUGCCAGCCUCAAAUGCUAACACCGGCAAGGAUUAGAUAUGUAACACUCAAUAGAACAUUUAGUUGUAACAAAGCUGUUGAAGAACUUGGCUACAAACCUAUUGUGACACUACAGGAUGGUUUAAAGAAAGCAGUGAAAUUGUAUAUUCAAUUGAGGAAGAAAGAUUUAUCUAAGAGAUAG